AAAGCCUCUGACCUCACAGUCAGAACACGUGCCUGUCUCUUUAAGAAACGCGACCCAGGAAGAAACUGAAAGCAAAGUUCUUUUCCCCGAAAAACAAGCAGAUCUCCAUCGUCGUGGUUUCUUGUGUGCAGACCAACACCCACAGACGCAAGUAGCUAAACUUUCACCACAAACACCAAAGAAGUUAAAUAUAUGUUGUGUGGAUGUUGUAGUUUUGUUCCACUCGCUGCUUUUUGUGCAGUUUUGUUGGGAAAUGCUGCUGGAAAAAAAAACACGAGGUCCUUUUUAGUAAUCUUUCUUAUGACAUGGUCAGAUCGAGAUAUUUGAGCAUUAUAAUCUAAAUACUUAUCUUUUCCUGUUCCAGUACCUUUGAUAGUUUAAAUCCCUCAUAAGUAAACCCACACAUUCCAUUAACUCUGAAAUAUGUCACGAUGCUGAAAUUAACGACUCUCUAAUGGGACAUUAAAGGCGCCCUGUGGAGUUUUGAGUACCAGUAGCUCUUUGGACCAAUGUUUUGAUGAGGAGGUCCAAGACACAAGUACACGGGUGGUGUUGACGUGGUGUCACACUAUUGAUGGUGAAGAAAUGGCCUCCGGCAACAGCCUCUUAUCUGAGGAGCAGCUUCUUUGUCCCAUCUGCCUGGGUGUGUUCAAUCGCCCAGUUUCCACACCAUGCGGACACAACUUCUGCAUGUCCUGUAUCAUGACGUACUGGAACGACAUCCCAGUCAGCCUCUGUCCCGUCUGUAAGCACACUUUUGAGAGGAGGCCGGAUCUCAAGGUCAACACUUUCAUCUCCCAGCUCGCGUCACAGUUCAUGUCGCUUCAAGUGACCGACGCUCACAUCUGGAGCCCGGACCAACAGCAGGCUCGCUGUGGUGGACCGGUGCUGUGUGACAUCUGUACCGACAGCCAGCGAGAGGCUGUCAAAACCUGUGUGGAGUGUUUGACUUCCUACUGCGACGUCCAUCUCGAGCCUCAUCACAGAGCUGCCGGCCUGAAGAGACACACGCUGGUCGAGCCCAUGGCGAGCCUGGAGGACAGGAUCUGCAAGGAGCACACCCGACUGCUGACGUCGUUCUGUAGCAACGACGGGGUUUUGCUGUGUGACGUCUGCGCCGAUUCGCACCACGUGAACCACGACGUUGUGCCUGUGCAGCGUUUGUACACAAAGUGGAUGGCUCUGCUGGAGGACACUGAGGCCCAUGUGCAGCAGAUGAUCCAGGACAGACUGCAGAAGGUCCGAGACAUGAAAGUGACAGUAGAGCAAAGCAAGACAGAAACCAGAGAUGUGAUCGCAAGCAGCGUGCAGGACUUGGCGACGCUGAUCUCUGAGAUCCAGAAGAGCCAGACGGAGCUUGUGAAGGUGAUCGAGGAGAAGCAGAAAGCGUCAGAAGAACAAGCAGCUGGGUUGAUCAGCGGCAUGGAGAGAGAGAUCACCGAGCUGCAGGAGACGACGAUGAAGCUGAGGGAGCUGAAACAGACUGAAGACCCACUUACUUUCCUCCAAAGCUCCACAAACCCAUCCAGCCUACCACACACAAUGGACUUGUCCACAGUCAGUUUUAAUGGCCAGGUGGAAAUGCACCGCAUACAAGAAGCUUUGAGCAACUCAGUCUUUCAAAUGCGAAUAUUGCUGAAUAAAUUGAGCACAGAAAUUCAAAAUGUCUCUGACGGCACAGACGCGUCCACCAACGCUACGCUGAGAUGUCUGCAGCAGUAUGAAGUGGACGUCGUGCUCGAUCCUGAUACAGCUCACCCUCUGCUCAUCUUAUCUGAUGACAGGAAACAGGUGAGAUACGAGAGGAGUUCAGUUUUGUGGCUAAACCAGAAUCCGACUAGGUUUACAGAACAUUUUGCAGUUCUGGGCCAGAGAGGCUUCUCGUCACAUAGGUUUUACUUCGAGGUCUUCGUGGGUGGAAAAAUUGAAUGGAUUCUGGGCGUGGCCACGGCUUCGAUCCAGAGGAGGGGGGAGCUUGUUCCAGGUCCUCACUGUGGACUCUGGGCCCUCUGCUUCCUAAAUGAUUUGUUUCAAACAUUCAGUUCCCCAAACGUGCCGGUAUUCGUUGGGAAAGUAGAGCGGAUCGGCGUGUUUGUGGAUUAUCACGGAGGGCAAAUUUAUUUCUACAACGUGCAGACCGGAACACUCAUUUACUCGUUUACUGAGUGCGUCUUUACCGAAGAACUGCAUCCGUACUUUAACCCUUGUGACAAUGAAUACAGUUCAAACUUCGGUCCUAUGAUAAUUGUUCCUGUAGGUCGUACGGAUUAAUUUGUGGGUUAUUUCCAUAAACCUUUAAAAACCAACCUAUUUUUUUAGGUUUCUGCUCAAAAUAACAUACCCAAACUAAAAAGGGUGUAUCUCUGCAACCACAAAGGCUAUUUGAAUAAUGUUGGUGUUAUAAUGAAG